AUGAAUAUUCUUUCUUUUUUUCUUUUUUUCUUUCUUUCUUUCUUUCCUUCCUUCCUUUCUUCCUUCCUUCCUUCCUUCCUUCAACUUUCGUUGUUCUAUUUUCCUCUUUUUCUUUCUUUUAAUGUUCUCCUCUUUAUUUCUUUCUUUCUUUACUUCUUUUACGUUUCCUUUUUUCAUCCUUACCAUUUAAUUUCUUCAUUUACAUUUUUUAUCUCGUUUCAAACAUUCUAUCUAUCUAUCUAUCUAUCUAUCUAUCUAUCUGUCUGUCUGUCUCUUCUCUCUUCUUCUCUCUCUCUUCUCUCUCUCUCUUUUUCCAUUUAUGUCCUUUAUGUCCCAUUCUCUCUUUCUCUUUUGGGGUUUUUUCCCUUUUAUGUUUCCGUUUUUUUCUUUUCUCUUCUUUCUCUCCUUCUUUUACAUUUUUUCUUUAGUCUUCCCGUUUUUCUUUCUUUUUUCUUUCUUUCUAUUAAGAUUUUCUUUAUUUUCUUUUGUUAUUUCUUUCUUUCUUUUAAGUUUUAUAUUUUAUUUUUGCCCCUUUUUUCUUUUUGCUUUUCUGUCUUUUGUUUUUCUUUAAGUUUCCACCAUUUUCUUUUUUAUUUCCCUUAUUUUCUCUCUGACUUUUUUUAUCUCUUUUAUUUUAAUUUUCUUAUCAUUUAUAUCUCUCUCUAUGAAAAUCUAUUUUCUCUCUUUCUUUCUUUCUUUCUUUCUUUCUUUCCACCAUCAUUUUUCUUCUUAUUCAUUUUCCUUCAAUUUGUACUUUUCUUUUUCUUCUUCUCAAUACUUUUUUCCGUUUCUUCUUUUUCAUUUUUAUUCGUUGAUUUCCUCGGCAUCGAAUUUAUUUAA